UAAAACUUAACAAGCCUGAAAAUGGAAGAAGAUAAAAUCCAAGACUCUCAAUCUCAGGAUCCAGAAAUUCAGAGCCUGGAUGAAAGACAGGGCACUCCUGAUGGCCAACCAAGGAUCUCUCAGACAAUUACAAGGGAAGUUUAUCAAGAAUUGACUCCAAAGAACGUAGAAACUGAGCACUUGAAAAAUGUCAUUGUUUCACUCUCGUCUAAGAUUGUGACUACUAAUGACCUUGAGAAAGAGCUUGAAACAGUGAUCACUACUCUUAACCAAAACGAAGAAUCUAGAGUUGUAUUGCAAAACCAAUUGGGCGAAUCCAGUAGCCUAGUCCAGCAAAGAGCAGAAGAGACAAAGGCAAGAGAAGAUGAACUGAAUGAUGAGAUAGAGAAACUCAGUAAAAGAGUUGACCAGCUAGGUGCUGACUGAAGAGAUCGCGAGCAGACUAUUCAUGAAAGAGACCAUGAGAUCACUGAGAAAGGAAAGGAAAUCAACAAUCUCAAUAUGGAUCUUGCUAAUUUAACUGAGAUGAAGGCUCUUAAUGAGAAAUAUGCUGAUCAAGUAAACGAUGCAGAGAAUGCAAGGAUCGAGCUCCAAAAUGACUACGAAGAAUGUUUGGACAAUCAUCAAGAACAACUCAAGCACGAGCAUGAAGAAAGACAAAAGUUGAGCAAUGAACUCAGAGAUGCUCAGUCUUUGAUUGCAGAACUUAGAAGAGAAAUCGAUGGACUCAAGGAUACUGUAGAUCAGAGAGACCAGACCAUUCAUGACCUUCAGAAGAGACUAGUGAUCCUUGAUGAAACUAGGAAGCAGAGAGACCAACUCAUUGAAAAUCUUAAGGAAUUCCAAGCUUCAAGAGAUCAGCUUCAUAAAGACAUCGAAGCUUUGAAGGUGGAAUUUGCUGAACUGAGGAAGCAAGACAACGAGCAUUUCAGUCAGAUUCAUCAACAAAAGACUGAAGUAGAGACAGUUUUGAAGUCUAGAGAAGAGAAAAUUACUGAACUACAGAAAAAGAUCAUGGAAAUUACAACUAUCAUUCAUAAAGUGAAACAAGAGAUUGAUUCUUCACAAGCUGAAUGAAACAGACUUCAAGAUGUUGAGAAGCAACUUAUUAGAUCUCAAGAAGAAAAAGAAGAUUACAAAGAAGAAAGAGUAAAUCUCAGAGACGAGCUUACUAAAGCUAGUGACUUCAUGGUUGACCUUGAAGAGAAAGUUCAUAAAGCCAACUCCACUAGUAUGACUCUCAUGAAUAAAGUAAAAGAAUCUGAGAGAGAAGUUGAUGUACUCAAGGAUUACAUCUAUGAGCUUAAGAGCAGAGUUGCUAUCUAUAUUCCAGUUAGGGAAGAUCCUAUCGAUAAAAGACUGGCUGAAUAUAUCAACAAUUACCCAGAUAGAUCAAAGCUCAAGAUCAUGUUCAUGAGAGAAAGCUCAGGAAUUUACCAGUUUGGAUCCAGGAAGAUCUACGUAAGAGUAGAAAAAGACAGAAUAAUCAUCAGAGUAGGAGGAGGAUACCUCACUAUCGAUGAGUUCCUUGACAUUUACACCCCAAUCGAACUUGAAAAAAUCGAAAGAAAAGGAACUAGCAAAAAGGUAGUUGAAAAAGUUGCUAUUCAGAGAACUCUCAUCGGAAGAGAGCUUAGAGAAGAGAGCCCAAUUAGAUCUCCUGGAAAGAAAGUCAAGAGAAAAUCUCCCAAGAAGUCUCCAACCAAGAACUUAUAGAUAAAGCGAUUUCUUCAUAAAUGAUUUAUUUCA